GGGUUAUGUUUACAUUUUGCAGUUAAAUUUGUUUUCGGUCUCUUCAUCCUUGCUGAUGAGAUGUUCUCUAGAUGCUCGGAUACAACUAUGGAUAUUUUGAAUCUCAAACAGCAGUCUCUCGACAGGCCUACAAGUCAAGCUUCUAUAGAGGGCAAAUACCGUCUUCAGGUACUGCGAGCUGAACAAUUUGCUAUUCCAGAUGAUGUUGAUAUUGACCAAGCCAGCAGCAAUAGUGCCACUGAUCAACCUGUUCAUGACCAUGCUGAUGAUUUACAUGAGGUUCCAUCUGCAGUGCCUGGCCGUGUUGUUGGACAGACCAAUCCAGCUGCAGAGGGACUUACCAUACUAGCGGAAGGACCGAGCCAGAGGCAACCAGCUGUAGGACAUAGCUUGAGGGAACCAACCUUCUCAAUGACCGCUCAAACAGCACGAGGAGUCGUUCACUGCUGUGAAUGUAAUAAACCUCAACUCUACUACCGUUGCACCAAGUUGACAUGCAAACAUAACCUUUUGAUAGCUAAAUGUAUAUCUGAAUUCACCUUUACCUGUGGGGCUCCUAUUGCCCAUCCUUCUUACUUGAGUUUAAGAGGUGUACUAUCCAGAAAACUUACUUGUGGCAACCCAAUAGCAGUUUGUUCCUAUGCAAAUAAAUUGAACAACAAAGUGGAUGUGUGUUGUCAUUGUGGGGACACUGGCGGUGUGAUUGAUACCACUUUGAUAGCCAAAUUCAAAUCUGUGUUACCUAUUUGUGAGAACUGCCUGGAUAAUGGAAAACAUCCAAUAACCCAACGCCCAUAUGGAAAAUAAUUCCUGUUGAACACAAUUGGAACAUUCAUAUACAUUAUAUGUGGAAAUGACACCGAGAAUAGAAAUGUGAUUUUUUUUUUUACUAUUUUCUUUGAUAACAUUGUUAAUUGAUUGAAAGCGAAAAACCGAUACAAAAUCUGACUUCCGUGUGUUUAUAUCUGAAGAAAAAUGUGUACUAUUUUGAAUUUUAAAGAAAGCAUUAGACAUUAUACAUAACAUUGUAACUGAUAAAUUGUGUUGAUGUCUAAAGGAAAGAUUUGUGCCUUUGUGUGGAUUGUUUGGUAAUUUUCUAAAUAAAUGUGAAUUUAUU